AUGGGAUUCUGGGUGACGACCCUCAUCUUCAUCCUCAUCGGCAUCGUCGCCUCCCUCUCCGCCGUGAUCUGCUGCAACCGGGGGCCGUCGACCAAUCUGUGAUCCCUCGUCCCCUCACCUGUGCUGUUCGCCCCAUUUUUUUCGUGCUCGAGCUACUAUUUUCUUGGUUAAAUCUAUUGCCUCAAGUGAAAAUCUGGUUGUUUAGGUUAGAAUGGAGAGAGUUGUUAGCAGAUCUGAUUGAAUCCUCUAUCCUGGCUGUAGACGUAUCUACUCCUUCCUCUUCCUCUCCCCAUCAACAGAAAUAUAGAAGGGGGGAAGAAGCUGAAGGAAGCGAUAUAGAUGUGUUGGUUAGAGGUACUUCGGGCGUGGGAGAUGCAAAAUACUGCUGUAUUUAUUUUUUGUAUCAGCCACAGAAUACGACCUCAUUUCCAGAUACAAUCACAGGAAGCAAUGCUAUUCCUGGCUCUAUUUUGGCUAAUAUCUGACACAGGGGAUGCCUGACCCGCUCCUACAACUCCGAUUACCUGUAUUAAAUGCGACGACCGAAAGAAACAGGACCAUGGCUACGUCCCUGUUAGAACCCUAAAAUAUAGCGAAUUCCCUGACUUCCUUCUGCUCUCGAAUUUAACCUUGACCUCAAUGUUGAUCGGAACAAUUGAGAACUUUGCAUCUUCAGUCGGGCCUCUUGUCAUUGCUCUGAUACGUCACUAGCAUAUGAAGUUUGCACACUCGACAAUCCGCUAGAUCAAUAUAUAUGUUGGAUCAAGUGAAUCUCCUUAGGAAUCUUAUAGGCAUCUAUCAUUGAGAAAUAACUCUCUCUCCUAAUAUUUUCUUCAAACAUGAGAUGUGGGGAAUAGGAAAUAUUUUUUGCCAUCUUUAGAUAGAUAUUUGCUGUAGGCAACAGGUCUAAGUUGGCUCAGUUUAGCACCAACUUCAAAUUCCUUGUUGAGACUUGCGCCCCAAAAUUUUUCAUAUAAACUUGAAUAUCUGUGAAUUACCUUUCGCUGUGAUCCUUGACUAGAAAAAAGAAAGGGGCAUAUGGGAUCCUUUUAUUCUCUUUGGAAGGAACUUUUGACCUUGCUUGGACACCUGUUUGUAGUGUUAUGCUAUGACAAUCUAUGCUUCUCUACAUAGUCGUCACACACAUUGCGUCUCUGUAGGAUCACAAUUUUUUCUAAUCUUUUUUUUUUUUUUUGGUGAAUAACGUUUCAAGCUCAUUCAAUUAAAGGAGGCCAACAUUUUGUUCUUUCUUCUUUUUAUUUAUUCUAUUUAUUCCUCUCUUACAUUUGCUUUUGGUUAACAUCAUAUGUUUCAUAUAGUUAUGGGGUCAGAUUUUUAUGGAACAUUGUGUCUUUCCCAUUGAUCCAGGUUUCAUCUGACGUUGGUCAUUACAGCGACGGUUUGCUGUUGGAUGAUGUAAGUUUUUGUUAUCUCUUCCUCUGUAUUAUUAGAUGUAGUUUUUUGUUUGAAAUCCAUCAAACGCUUGUUCAACUUAAAAAUCAAUUGUUUUUUUUUUUUUUCAUUAUACUAGUUCAACUUUUCACUACAUCCGAUGAUAUUUUCUUUCUUUCUUUCUGAUUGCACUUUGUAAAGCAUCCGGCUGUCUAUUUAUUUUCUCAUCAUUUUAUUUUGAGGAUAUUUUCCGCAUAAAAAUUCUGAUGAGAAUCAUCAAACCCAGUCUGUUAGAGAACAUUUCGUUAUGUCUGCUAUAGAAUUAUAUCUAUAUCUAUAUAAGAAUCAUCCACUACGUGUGGCCUUAGAGAACACCUUGUCAUUUCAGUUAUUUCACUUUUGCCAGAAAAAUGGAAAAAUGAAAAAAUGAAAAUAAAAUAUGUAUAUAUAUUUGAGUCAUCGACUACAUCAUUACAUGUAUUGAAGAACACGACCUGCUUGAUCAUCUGACGAGGACAACUCUUCAUUUUUAUCAGAAGCAUAUCCAUGGAUACUAAUGGUACAGUAACUUUCUGUACUCCUCGUCAGGUGGGCGAUUGUAUAUCUCGCACAGUUGAAGCCGCUAAUCGUUCCGAUCCUCAAUGAAGGGGAGUGA